AUCUAUAUGCCUUUUGGUCAAAAAACAAUUCAAACAUAGAUUGAUGUCGAAAAAGUGGCUACCAAGUUUUUAAUGAUGGAAACAUUGGAAACACUUAUCACUUAUCAGCAGAAUGAUAAAUAGACUAUAGAGAACAGACAAGAGGCAGAAAAUAGAAAUAAGAACAUUAAUUUUAGUUCAUGCUCAUUGAGUGUGUCAUAUACUCAUAUAUAAGGAUAAGACAAUGAACUUUCCACAUAUUUUGUUAUUUUUAACUGUUUGCGGACUGGCAUUGGCUGAAUUUGAGGAAAAUGUACAUAUUGACGACAGUAAAUUUGGACCAUUGGAACAACCAGAUUCUCCAAAAAAUUUUACAGUUGCACCGCAAGUAACGGACUUUACAGAUAUACUAGCAAUAAGUAAUGCCAUUAAAAGCUUUCAGAAAAAAAUGGAAGAAGAACAUAAUUACUUGCCAACUAUGCAAGCAUAUUUAACUACAAGCACUGCUAGUAAUAGUGGGAAAGAAUUUAAAUUAAGUACAUUUUUAUCGUCAGUUUUGUACGCUGAAAUCGUCACCGACAAUACAAAUACCAGUCAACCAUCAAUUAAUGAACCAUUAGCUAAUGUUACAGCUGCUAACAGUUCAAGAAUUGUUAAUUGUACCACCCUUGUACAUUUAAAUCAAACAGAAAUUUCAGUUGAGGUUGUUAAUUCAUCACGACUAGGAUAUGUCUUAAAAUAUGAUCCUGAAGUAACUAAUCGCCGUGAAUCUGGUGUUUGUUCAUUAGUGUUAUUUUAUGCUAGAUCAUGUCAAUUCAGCACUUUAGCUGCACCUCACUUCAAUGUACUUCCAAGAAUAUUUCCUCAAAUUAAAAUGGUAGCUUUUAAUGCUAUAUCUGAACAAAGAUUUAAUACAAUGUAUGGUAUAACUGGAGUCCCAUCAUUAGUUCUGUUUCAUAAUGGAAAACCUAUUGCCAAAUAUAAUGGUUCUGAUUAUUCACUUUAUGAAUUUACUAAGUUUGUUAUUAGACAUACGGAUCUCACUCCAAAUGAAAAGGUGGAAAUUUCUGUGACAGAUUUUGUAAAGCCUGUCCCUGGAUUUGGGAAUCGUGAUUAUGAUUACUCACUAUGGUUAGCAUGGUUUGUAAUUAUAUUCUGGACACUAGUUUAUGUUAGGACUAUGCAUUUCUGGAGAAAAUUUGUUGAAGACAUAAAGAAUAUAUGGCGUGAAGCUGAAGCACAGCAUGAACAUGCAGAUUAAAUUAAUGUAAAUAUUUUCUAUAAAAUGUUAUUGUUUUAUUAUUUUUAAAUUUCUCUUUCUGUAUUUAUGUUUUAUAGCAAUAAUA